UCUCCCCCAAAUGCCUCACGGUCUCUCGCCUCUCCAGUCUCCACGAGUGGGAGUCCACCGCCCUCUUCCUCCAAUGGCGAUGAGCUGCUCAGCGUUUAACUAGCAUCUUCUCAGAGAGCAUCGUAGCGCACGCGAUUGAGAGUGCCAACGCCAACGCCGUCCGGAUCGAUGAGUUGCGGCCGCGGUAGCGCGGCGGCGGGGGACGGGGGGCGGGCCGAGUGGCAGCGCAUCUACGACUGGGUCGAGGCGCUCGCCGCCAGCCGCGCGCGGCUGGAGGCGCGCAACAGGACCCAGCACGAGUUCUGGGGCGCCCGCGACAAGAUCAACCAGUCCCGACUCCACCAGGCGGAGCUGAGCAGAAGCAGGUGGGAGGCGGCCUGCAGGGAGCUGCUCCCUUCCGAUGAUCCCAAGCUCGCCGAACUGCUUCAGAGUGAUUUGGAGGAUUCAAGAUCUUGUGAAGCUCUUUUGGACACUGAAAACUCAGAGCUGCUGGUACAGCUGAAGGAAGAUGGAACUUGUGUAGAGCUUAAUGAAAACACUGCAGAUCAUGAGCACUCUUCUGGAGAUUUAAUAUCAGAGCUAAGAAAGUUAAAGCGAACCUAUGAGACCAUAUGCUGGAACAAGGAUAAGGAAGCCACUGAAGCAGUGCAAAAGCUUCAACAGAAGAUAGAGGAGCUGCAAGUGGCAGCCUGUAAGAAGGAUGAUGAGAUUGGAAUAUUGCAAGCAGAAGCUUCUGCUUGUAUAAAUAAGUUAAUGCUUCUAAAGGGUAAACUAGAUGAAAUGCGAUCUUUGGAUAAGGACAUUGACAUCCAAAAGCUCAAAGUUGGGCAACAUGAGACUCUUGAAAGCAAGUUUGCCUCCUUGCCAAAUAUACAGUCCAAGGAAGCUGGAAAUAUUGUAGAUAUUAUUCAAAAGAAUGCGGAUCAUGGGGCCAUCACGGCGGAGCUCAGAAAACUGAAGCAAGCUUAUGAGACCCUGAGCUCAAACAAGGAUAAGGAAAUUUCUAAAUUACUUGAAAUGAAGGAUUUUCUUUUGAACCAACUGAUGAGAAUGGACAAGGACAAUGCUGAGCUCCUUCAGAAAAAGGAAGUGGAGGCAGCACAAGCUAACGAAGCAGCACAAAAGCUUCAGCAGAAUGUAGAGGAGCUGCAAGUGUCAGUCCGAUAUAAGGAUGAUGAGAUUGGCAGAUUGCGAGCAGAAGCAGGGCCCCUAAAGAUAAAGGAAGUGGAGGUGGCACAAGCUAACGAAGCAGCACAAAAGCUUCAGCAGAAUGUAGAGGAGCUGCAAGUGUCAGUCUGAUAUAAGGAUGAUGAGAUUGGCAGAUUGCGAGCAGAAGCAGGGCCCCUAAAGAUGAAGGAAGUGGAGGUGGCACAAGCUAACAAAGCAGCACAAAAGCUUCAGCAGAAUGUAGAGGAGCUGCAAGCGGCAGUCCGAAAUAAAGAUGACGAGAUUGGGAAAUUGCGAGCAGAAGUGGAGUACCUUCAGCAGAAUGUAGAGGAACUGCAAGUGGCAGUUCGAAAUAAGGAUAAUAAGAUUGGCAGAUUGCAAGCAGAAGUGAGGAUCCUUAACAUAAAACAAGUGGAGCCAGCACAAAAGCUUCAGCAGAAUGUAGAUGUGCUGCAAAUAGAAGUGCGAAAUAAGGAUGACGAGAAUUGUAGAUUGCCAGCAGAAGCUGUUAAUGCAGAAAAAAAGGUACCGGCUCUUGAGGGUAAGCUACUGGAAAUGCAUUCCUUGGUUAAGCAGAAAAACGAUGAAAUACAAAAACUGAAAAAUUGGCAACCUGAGAGUCUGAAAUGCAAAUGUGUUUCUUCUAUAGCAGUUUAACAUCACAUAGCACUGAACCAAAAAUGGCCGAGGCCUCUGCAUCAACAAAAGCCCUGGCUGUUGUGGUGGCUGCUUCAGCAUCUCCACCCGUCGCAAGCUCCAAGCCAGGGGCGGGGAUCGACAUCGACCUGACCCCUCCCCGGCUUGUUGACGACAGGGAGGCCAGCCCGCCCUUCCCUCCGGGAUUCGGGCCGGUGGCUCGAUUCAAGGACACAACUACCACCGCUCCGACAGCAACCUUUGCGGUGGUGGUUGCGAAGGAGGACGGCAACCCUGACCAGAGCAUCCCUAGUACUAAUGCUGCGGGUGGGCUCGACAUUGACACUGCCCCCAUGCCUCCUGCAGCAACAACAACCAAGAUCAAGAGCAGCAUGCUGAAGGGCAAGCCAAGACCAAAGGUGCAGAAGAAGGCUCAUAAGGAAGGUACAGAGCUGGAUUCGAUCUUAGGGAAGAGGAUGGAGCGCAACAGGCCAGAGUCUAAUGUAGGUCUAGGUGAAAAUGAGGAGAUGAACAGAGACAUGUAUAAGAAAAUGAGAGGGUCUGUUAGUGGAGAGGCUGGCGGUAAGGAAGCUACCGGUAUAGGGGCUACUGGGGAACUGACGGGCGCAAAGGAUGACGCCCGUCAGGAGGAAUGACGAUACAUAGCUGGAACUGCCGGGGAUUGGGCCAGCCCGGGACAGUUCGUGAACUGGUGUGCCUAGUGUGCACUCAUGGCCCCUCUGAAACAUGGCAGAUGGAGGCUAGGCCUCAAGCAAUGUAUCACCCAUGAUGGGGGUAGGAAAGGGUGCUGGCAUCGCCCUAUUUUGUGACGAUAGUGUUGACGUAAAGUUGCUCUCAUAUGGUUCGAGGUAUAUUGAUGUUCA